AGCAGGGAGGUUAGGAGUGCGGCUGCGAGAGAGAGGAGAGAUGACGCCAACUUCGACUACGACACGCGCCAGUACGACCUGGAGCGCCUCUUCUCCAAGUACGGCCCCAUCCGCCGCAUCGACAUGAAGUCCGGUAUCUAAUCUUCCCCCUCUCUCCAUCUCUCAUUACUUGUCCGGUGCUGGAACAGUGGAAUUUAAUAGAUGCGGAAAAUGCUGCUUGUUUCAUCAAUAACCACAAGUGCCCAAUGAAUACUUAUUCUGCUCUUUAUGUAUCAAAAUCUUACAAUGAACUAUCUGGACUCAUGAGCAUUUAUUUCGUCAUCACCAUGAGUGUGUAAUGUGUUACGAGCACACUAUGAACCAUUAUGUCCUAAAAUGCCGUAACUGGACUUGAUCCAGCUUGUGUAUAACUGUACAUAUGCCGGGCGCCUAUCUACUUACUACACUUCAGUGCCUGAUCAUUUAGUGCAUAUGCUGUUAUUGGACGUGUAGCAUGUGUUCUGAAUUCAUUUCGGUUCAUUAUGCAUAUUAUGUACUACUAGUGGCAGUGGGGAGAAGGGAAUACCUAAAAGUCCUUGCUCAGUCACUCCCUUAAUGUACCUAAAAGUACUUUGAAGAUGAGCAUGAUGCGGAGGAUGCAAUAAGGUGGCUCGACAACAUGGCUUUUGGUUAUAACAGACACAGGCUCUCUGUAGAAUGGUCAAGGCAAGUUGAACCAGUGCCAAGGAGCCGUGAUAGGCCUACUGGGGAUGUAAAGCUGACAAGAACUCUCUUUAUUAUCAACUUUGACCCCAUCCGCACUAGAAUUCGAGAUAUUGAGAGGCAUUUUGAACCUUAUGGCAAGAUUACGAAUAUCCGUAUUCGGAGGACUUUUGCAUUUGUACAGUAUGAAACGCAAGAGGAAGCUUCUACCGCUGUCAAGAACACUGAUAAGAGCAUGAUUUUGGACAGGGUAAUGACAGUUGAAUAUGCCUUCCGGGAUGAUGACAAUGAGAGAGGUGGCAGCCCCAAGCGAGGUGCUCCUGAUAGACGUCGUGGCAGCCCCCACAUGUGCUCCCCUAGCCCAAGGUAUCCAAGGGACUACGAUCGACGUGCAUGUAACCCUGUGUAUGAUCGGCGUGAUGGAGCAAUUUACAAUAGGAAAAGUCCUGGUUAUGGUCGUUACGACAGGAGCAGAAGCCCUGUUUACAAUUGUUAUGAUAGGAGAAGAAGCCCUGGUUAUGGUCAAUACUAGCUGAGAAGAAGUUUAUGAAGUUCCAUAUUUUAGUUGGAGAUUGGUCGAUUCUGAAGGAUCCAGUAAGGAAAUAGUUCCAUGGAAGAUGUGGUUGACAACAUCAUCUUGCUGUACCAAGUAUACUCGGAGCUGUCUUAGGCGUUGCAAAAGAGUGAGAGAAUGUAACGUGAUAGGAACGUUACACUGAAUAUCUUACACUGAAAAUGUAAUGGCUCCUAACGAACUUCUACACUGAAUAUCUGUGUUCCCAGUUCUUCUGAAGUGUGUAAACUGUGAACUAGUUUCAGUGAUGAUCUUAUGUCUGCAUUGCAAUCAGAUAUUUUUGUUGAUUCGCUAA